GUUGUUUUUCUCAAGCCAUUCGGUUGACGGGUGAUCAAUCGCACUUCACACGAUACAACAAUAAACACCAAAAAUACAGAGAGAGAGACAAACACGCACACACACACACACACACACACACACACACACACACACACACACACACACACACACACACACAUCACACACGAUGGCGCCCACUCACCCUCUAGACCCCCUCUCCUCCGCCGAGAUCCAAAAGGCCAUCGCCGUCGUCAAGGCGGCCCAUGGCGACGUCUUCUUUAAUGUCGUCUCCCUCCACGAACCCCGCAAGGCCGAGCUGACGAGGUGGCUCGCCUCGCCCACGACAACACCGCUGCCGAGCCGCAUCGCCGACGUCGUCGUCAUCGCAAAGGGCGGCAAGGUAUACGACGGCCUCGUUGACAUUGCUUCCGGCGCCAUCACGAAAUGGGAGCUCAUGCAGGGCGUGCAACCGAUUAUCACAAUGGAGGAGCUCCAAAUCGUCGAACACAUUUGCCGCACCGACCCCAAAGUCAUCGAGCAGUGCGAGAUCUCGGGCAUCCCGGCCUCCGACAUGCACAAGGUCUACUGCGACCCCUGGACCAUCGGCUAUGACGAGCGCCACGGCAACACCGUCCGCCUCCAGCAGGCCCUCAUGUACUACCGCCCGGACCCGGACACCUGCCAAUACCAGUACCCCCUUGACUUCUGCCCCAUAUACGACGCCGACAAGGAGGCCAUCGUCGCCAUCGACGUGCCCGCCGUCCGCCGCCCGCUCAGCACGGCCGCGCCCAUCGGCUACCACCCGGCCGACGUCCAGAAGCAGGGCGGCUACCGCCGCGACCUGAAGCCCAUCAACAUCACCCAGCCGCAGGGCGUCUCGUUCCGCAUGGCCGGCCGCGAGAUCGAGUGGCAGAACUGGCGCUUCCACAUCGGCUUCAACUACCGCGAGGGCAUCGUCCUCAGCAACAUCACCUACAACGACAGGGGGACGCCGCGGCCCAUCUUCUACCGCCUCUCGCUGGCCGAGAUGGUCGUGCCCUACGGCAACCCGGAGCACCCGCACCAGCGCAAACACGCCUUCGACCUCGGCGAGUACGGCGCCGGCUACAUGACCAACAGCCUGUCGCUCGGCUGCGACUGCAAGGGCGAGAUCCACUACCUCGACGCCGAGUUCCCGACGCGCAACGGCGACGUGCGGACCAUCAAGAACGCCAUCUGCGUCCACGAGGAGGACAGCGGCAUCCUGUUCAAGCACACCGACUUCCGCGACGACUCCGUCAUCGUCACCCGCGGGCGCAAGCUCAUCAUCCAGCAGAUCUUCACCGCCGCCAACUACGAAUACGCCAUCCAAUGGAUCUUCCACCAAGACGGCACCAUCCAGCCAGAGAUCAAACUCACAGGCAUCCUCAACACAUACUCGCUCAACCCUGGCGAGGACACCAAGGGCUGGGGCACACAGGUCUACCCGGGCGUCAACGCGCACAACCACCAGCACCUCUUCUGCCUGCGCGUCGACGCCAACGUCGACGGGCCGCGCAACACCGUCUUCGCCGUCGACACCGUCGCCUCGGAUGCGCCCGUCGGUUCGCCCGAAAACUACUACGGCAACGCCUUCUCGGCGCGCCGCACCAAGCUCGCCACCACGGGCGCGUCCCGGACCGACUACGACGGCGCCACGAGCCGCACGUGGGAGAUUUGCAACACAGACAGGCUGCACCCGUACAGCGGUAAGCCGGCGUCGUACAAGCUCGUCAGCAGGGAGGUGCCGGGCCUGUUGCCCAAGGAGGGGUCGCUGGUGUGGAAGCGCGCCGGGUUCGCGAGGCAUGCGGUGCACGUUACAAAGUGUAAGUCGGGGUCUCUUUUGGCCAUGUCCCGUCUCCUUACCUUCGUCUACCGCGACGACGAGCUCUGGCCCGCCGGCCGCCACGUGCCUCAGACCUCGGGCGAGCCCUCGGCCGGCCUCCCCGAGUGGAUCGGCGACGGCACCGAGCCCAUCGAGCAGGAGGACGUCGUGCUCUGGCACACCUUCGGCGUCACCCACAUCCCCGCUCCCGAGGACUUCCCCGUCAUGCCCGUCGAGCCCAUCACGCUGCUUUUGCGGCCACGCAACUUCUUCGCCAACAACCCCGUCAUGGACGUGCCGCCCAGCUACUGUAGCACCCCGAGCCAGGUCGCUGCCGGUAGGGGCGCGCUUGAGGCGGCGGACAAAGUCAGCAAGCUUGCGUUUUCCGAGGGGGAGUCGUGCUGUGCCGGGAAGAGUAAGCUGUAAG